CUUUCUCUGUGAAUCUCAGCACUAAGUUUAACUUAACUUUGAUAUUGUUUUUUUGUUUUCAGAGACAUUCCAUAAGUGGACCGAUCUCAACAUCCAAGCCCCUCACAUCCUUGUCAGAUAAGAGACCAAACUAUGGAGAGAUCCCAGUUCAAGAACAUCUGUUAAGAACAUCGUCAACUAGCCGACCUGCUUCUCUCCCAAGAGUACCUGCUAUGGAAAGUGCCAAGACCAUCUCAGUGUCUCGACGAAGUAGUGAGGAAAUGAAACGGGACAUCUCUGCACCUGAUGGAGCAUCGCCAGCCUCUCUUAUGGCUAUGGGAACCACAUCACCACAGCUGUCCCUGUCCUCCUCUCCCACAGCAUCUGUGACCCCAACCACUCGAAGCCGCAUAAGAGAAGAAAGGAAAGACCCUCUCUCAGCAUUGGCAAGAGAAUAUGGAGGAUCGAAGAGGAAUGCCUUGUUGAAGUGGUGCCAGAAAAAAAUGGAAGGCUAUCAGAAUAUUGACAUCACAAACUUCAGCAGCAGCUGGAAUGAUGGGCUGGCCUUCUGCGCACUCCUGCAUACAUAUCUUCCAGCCCACAUUCCAUACCAAGAACUGAAUAGCCAAGAUAAGAAAAGGAACUUCACACUGGCCUUCCAGGCAGCUGAAAGUGUUGGCAUCAAAUCCACACUGGACAUUAAUGAGAUGGUACGCACCGAACGGCCAGACUGGCAAAAUGUGAUGCUGUAUGUGACGGCAAUCUACAAGUACUUUGAAACUUGAGCACACCAGGCGGAGCUGCCGCUGGCUGGGGCCCUCGGCAGUAACCAAGUGACACCAAUACCCUUAGCUAUGCACCCCUCAAGCUUUUGGCAACUCUGGGCUGUC